AUGUCGGAGAACCCGUUUGCAGACCCGUUUGCGGCUCCUGCGCCUGCUGCAUCGUCGACCAAUGUAACCGAAGACUUCAACCCGUUUGCGAAUCGCAGUGCCCCGGCUCCAACUCAACAGCCAACCGCGCAUCAGGCGGUCGGUGGCGCUGGCGGAUACGAGAAGAAGAGCGCCGGAAUGGACGACGAGUUGUUCCGUAAACAGCAAGAACUCGAACGCCGCGCACAAGAGCUGCGCAUUCGCGAGGAGGAGCUUGAUAGGAGGCAAAGAGCACAAGCCAACAAUUUGAACACCGGUGCUGCAAAUAAUGCUCCAAGACCACAUAAUUGGCCACCAAUUCCAGCUUUCAUCCCAGCUGAGCCUUGUUUUUAUCAAGACAUUGAGGUUGAGAUCCCAGUACAGUUCCAGAAGACUGUCACUUUCGUCUACUACGUCUUCUUGUUGUACGUGCUCGCGCUUGUUGUCAACUUGUUCGCAUCGAUUAUGUUCAUGAUCUUUGCCAAGGGCUCCGUUGGUCAAGUUUUCCUCGCUAUCAUUGAGCUCAUUCUGUUCUCGCCAUGCUCGUUCCUCUUCUGGUUCCGUCCGGUCUACAAAGCAUUUCGCAAUGAUUCAUCGUUCAACUUUAUGGUGUUCUUCUUCGUUCUAUUCUUCCAUUGUAUCUUCACGGGUAUUCAAACGCUUGGCCUCUCAUCGUAUGCAUGCGGAUGGGUCAGCGCCCUCGACACCUAUUCAGUUUCUGUUCCAAUUGCCUUGAUCAUGACCGCUUCGGCUAUCGUGUUCACUGCUGCUUUCGCUGGAAUGGUUACCGCUUUGAUUAAGGUUCACCGCCUUUAUAGAGGUGCCGGAUUUUCGAUCGACAAAGCACGUCAAGAGUUCACUAACGGUGUUAUGUCGGAUUCCGGUGUCCAACGUGCUGCUACGGCGGCGACAAGCGCUGCCGCCAGCGCCGCUUUCAAUCAAGCGGCCCAAGGCAGAUUCUAA